AUUAUUUAUAGCAUAUGCUACUAGUCUUCCAAGCUCAAGUAUGGAUUCCCAUAUGCUCAAUGAUUCUCUCCAGUUUUCAAAACACAGCUGCAUCUGCAUCAUUACUCUCAAAACCCCAAAGCCACACAUCAGCUGCCUGUCAAUUCACAACACCUUACUUUACGCAGCCUCGAUCAAUGAAAUCAAUGUCUUUGAUUUGUCCAACUAUACCCACAUCGAUAAAUUUGCUGCAAAUGAUCCAUCUUCCGGUUUCAUCAAAUCUAUAGCAUUCCACAACAAUAAAGUCUUCACAGCUCAUCAGGACUGCAAGAUCAGAGUCUGGCAAAUUUCUCCUUGCAAAGAACAUCACCUUUUGUGCACGCUCCCUACCGUUAAAGACCGGUUUCGCCAUUUUUUGUUGCCCAGAAACUACGUUAACGUUAGGCGUCACAAGAAGCGGCUUUGGAUCGAACACUGGGAUACAGUUUCUGGGUUAGCUGUGCAUGGAAUGUUAAUAUACUCAGUUUCUUGGGAUAAGAGUUUUAAGAUAUGGAAUGUGGAAAAUAAUAGGUGUUUAGAGUCUGUUUUAGCCCAUCAAGAUGCUGUUAAUACAGUGGUUGUGUCUGAUAAUGGGACUGUUUACACAGGUUCUGCUGAUGGGUUAAUUAGGGUUUGGAAGAAGGUUGGCAAGGAGAGAAAGCACAGUUUGGUUUAUACUUUGGAGAAGCAUAAAUCAACGAUAAAUGCACUUGCACUAAACGGUGAUGGGUCAGUACUGUUCUCCGGUGGCUGUGACCGUUCAAUCAUGGUGUGGGAGAGGAAGGAAGUUGAUGAAAAUGAACAUCAGAUGGUGUUUGCGGAGGCAUUGUGGGGUCAUGCAGGGGCAAUAUUAUGCUUGAUGACUGGAGAGCAUUGGCUAGUGAGUGGGUCAUCAGAUCGGACGGUGAGGAUUUGGCAAAAAGGGAAAAUGGAAGGGUAUAGUUGUAUGGUAGUUUUGGAGGGGCAUGAAAGGCCAGUGAAAUCGCUUGUGGCAGUUGCAGGAGGAGGUGCGUAUAAUAAUGGUGGUUCGUCUUUGUCGAUUUGUAGUGGAAGUCUUGAUGGGGAGAUAAAAGUAUGGAAGGUCUCUGCUGAAACCUAAAUAGGGUAUCUGCAGAUAUAGAUUAGUUAGUAAUUAGUUUUUUUUUUUUCAGAAUGAUUAGUUAGUAAUUAGUUAAUUAGUCUUUACAUGGGUAGCUGUAUAUCUUAUCAUAAUUAAUUGUUAGCGAGCAGCAAAUUAAAAAGAGAAAAGGUUAUUUCCUU